UGGUUGUCGUUUGAUGUUUGAUGAUUUCUAAACGAUGUCAAACGUUUUACAGCGAUAAGUUUUAUUUCGUGUGAUAUUAAGUAGUUUAACGUAAAACAAAAUAAGCCUAGCAUGGCUGACGCAGCGGCACGUCAGCUCCAAUAUGAAUACAAAGCGAAUUCAAACCUCGUACUUCAAGCCGAUGUUCGUCUUAUUGAAAGGAGAAGUCGAGAUGAAGCAACUGGAGAGGUCGUCUCUCUUGUUGGGAAGCUUGAAGGGACCCGAAUGGGAGAUAGGUUUCAAAGAACAAAACCUGUUAAAGCUGAGGAAAGAAAAGUCAAACGUCAAAAGAGAGAUGAAGCUCAAUAUGACUUCACACGUAUGAAGGGGGCAACUCUGCUGUCAGAAGGUGUAGAUGAGAUGGUAGGCAUCAUUUAUCGACCUAAGACUCAAGAAACCAGGCAGACCUAUGAAGUAUUGUUGAGCUUCAUACAAGAGGCUCUGGGGGACCAGCCAAGAGACAUUCUUUGUGGGGCAGCAGAUGAAGUUCUUACAGUAUUGAAAAACGACAAACUGAAAGACAGAGAAAAGAAAAUUGAAACAGAAUCUUUGCUGGGAGGUCUGACAGAGGAGCGCUUUGCCUUGUUGGUUAACCUUGGAAAGAAAAUAACUGAUUUUGGAACAGAGGAAAAAGUUCAAACUACAGAUGAGAAUAUUGAUGAGACGUAUGGAAUCAAUGUUCAGUUUGAAGAGUCAGAAGAGGAAGAUGAUGAAGAUAUGUAUGGAGAAGUCAGAGAAGGAGAAGAAAUGGAGGAAGAAGGAGAAGAAGCAAAACUGAACACUGCUAUCCAUGCUGAGAAUUUGGGAGGAGGAGAGGAGACAGGCAAGAAAGAGAAGUCGCUGCAUCCGCUGGAUAUAGACGCUUACUGGCUGCAGCGCAAGUUGAGCAAGUUCUACGACGACGCAAUGGUGUCCCAGGCAAAGGCUGCAGAGGUUCUGAGUAUCUUGCGUAACGCUGGUGACGACCGAGAUUGUGAGAACCAACUGGUCCUCCUGCUCGGCUACGACUGCUUUGAGUUCAUCAAGGUGCUGAAGAAACACCGUCAGAUGAUCCUGUACUGCACACUGCUGGCAAGCAGUCAGAGCGAAGUGGAACGGCAGAGGCUGAGAGAUGAGAUGACCAGUGAUUCUGGUCUGUCUCGUAUCUUGCGGCAGCUAGAGUCUGUAGAGGAGGGGGAGAGAGCGGACGGAGGAGACAGUGCGAUGGCUCGUGCAGCGCGGCGCAAGGCUGCAGCUGAGGGCGACGUAGCAACACUGGGCGACGGCGGAGUCGUGCCUGGCUCUCGGCAACUGCUUGACCUGGAGGAUCUAGCCUUCUCUGCUGGCUCACACUUCAUGAGCAAUAAGCGAUGUCAACUACCAGAUGGAUCAUUUAGGAAGCAACGGAAAGGGUAUGAAGAGGUGCAUGUUCCAGCUCUAAAACCAAAACCAUUUGGGCCUGAGGAGACUCUAAUUCCCAUUGAUAAGCUGCCAAAGUACGUCCAGCCAGCAUUUGAAGGCUUUAAAACUUUGAACAGGAUUCAAAGCAGGCUCCACAAAACUGCCCUUGAAUCAGAUGAAAAUCUUUUGCUUUGUGCUCCAACGGGUGCUGGUAAAACCAAUGUUGCCCUGCUGUGCAUGAUGAGGGAAAUCGGCAAACAUGUCAACUCUGACGGAACCAUAAACGCAGACGAGUUCAAGAUUAUCUACGUUGCACCCAUGCGAUCUCUUGUGCAAGAAAUGGUCGGCAACUUUGGCAAGAGACUAGCAUCGUACAACCUGACAGUGUCAGAACUGACAGGUGACCAUCAGCUGACUAGAGAGCAGAUACAGGCUACACAGGUGAUUGUAUGCACUCCGGAGAAGUGGGACAUCAUUACUCGCAAGGGUGGUGAGAAGACAUUCACUCAGCUGGUGCGACUCGUCAUCAUUGAUGAAAUCCAUCUGCUGCAUGAUGAGAGAGGACCUGUGUUGGAGGCUCUUGUAGCCAGAACUAUCAGGAACAUUGAGACAACACAGGAGGACGUACGGUUGGUCGGCCUCAGUGCCACUCUGCCCAACUAUCAGGACGUCGCCACACUGCUGCGCAUCAAACCUGACUCUGGUUUGUUUUACUUUGACAACAGUUUCCGUCCUGUGCCACUUGAGCAGCAAUACAUUGGAGUGACUGAGAAAAAAGCUCUCAAACGCUUCCAAGUAAUGAACGAAAUAGUGUACGAGAAGAUCAUGGAGCAUGCUGGCAAGAACCAAGUCCUUGUCUUUGUCCAUUCACGAAAAGAAACAGGCAAAACCGCUCGUGCAAUCAGAGACAUGUGUUUGGAGAAGGACACCCUGGGUCAGUUCCUGAGGGAGGGCUCUGCCUCCAUGGAGGUGUUGAGAACUGAAGCCACUCAGGUCAAGAACAGCGAGCUCAAGGACUUGCUGCCUUAUGGGUUUGCUAUCCAUCACGCUGGGAUGACCCGUGUAGACAGAACUCUGGUGGAGGAUUUGUUUGCUGACAGACAUAUUCAGGUGCUGGUGUCCACUGCCACCUUAGCCUGGGGAGUGAACCUUCCAGCUCACACAGUCAUCAUCAAGGGAACACAGGUGUACAACCCAGAGAAAGGUCGCUGGGUAGAGUUGGGAGCUUUGGAUGUUCUUCAGAUGUUGGGAAGAGCUGGGAGGCCCCAGUUUGACACCAAGGGUGAAGGUAUCCUGAUCACCAACCACAGUGAGCUGCAGUACUACUUGUCCCUGUUGAACCAGCAGCUGCCCAUAGAGUCCCAGAUGAUAUCCAAGCUUCCAGACAUGCUCAAUGCUGAGAUUGUACUUGGCACCAUACAGAGUGUCAGAGACGCUGUCACCUGGCUGGGAUACACAUACUUAUACAUCAGGAUGCUGAGGUCGCCACAGUUGUAUGCCAUCUCUGUAGACAAAGUGAAGGAGGAUCCUCUUCUAGAGCAGCACAGAGCAGACCUCAUACACACAGCGGCUCUUCACCUAGAGAGGUCUGGGCUGGUCAAAUAUGACCGCAAGACUGGCCACUUCCAGGUGACGGAGCUGGGUAGAAUCUCAAGCCACUACUAUUGUACCCAUGACACCAUGUCCACAUACAACCAGCUGCUCAAACCCACACUCAGCGAGAUUGAGCUCUUCAGGGUUUUUUCCUUGUCAGGUGAAUUUAGAAAUAUUACCGUUCGGGAAGAAGAAAAGCUGGAGUUGCAAAAACUAAUGGAACGUGUUCCAAUUCCAAUCAAGGAAAGUAUAGAAGAGUCCAGCGCCAAAGUGAAUGUGCUCCUGCAAGCUUACAUUUCCCAACUGAAGCUGGAAGGCUUUGCCCUUAUGUCAGACAUGGUCUAUGUCACUCAGUCAGCUGCUAGACUCAUGAGAGCCAUCUUUGAGAUAGUGCUGUACCGUGGCUGGGCCCAGCUGGCAGACAAAGCUCUCUCCUUGUGUAAAAUGGUGGACAGAAGGAUGUGGCAGUCAAUGUCACCUCUACGUCAGUUCAGGAAAAUGCCUGAAGAAAUUGUCAAGAAAAUCGAAAAGAAGAAUUUCCCAUGGGAAAGGUUGUACGACCUUGGACCUAAUGAGAUAGGAGAGUUGAUCCGUGUUCCCAAGCUUGGCAAGACCAUCCACAAGUAUGUGCAUCAGUUCCCCAAACUAGACCUCUCAACCCACAUCCAGCCAAUCACAAGGUCAACACUGCGAGUAGAACUGACCAUCACUCCAGACUUCCAGUGGGAUGAGAAGAUCCACGGGGCUUCAGAGGCGUUCUGGAUCUUGGUGGAGGACGUAGACUCUGAGGUGAUACUGCACCAUGAGUACUUCCUGCUCAAGUCCAAGUACUGCCAAGACGAGCACCAGGUCAAGUUCUUUGUACCAGUCUUUGAACCUCUGCCUCCUCAGUACUUCCUCAGGAUAGUUUCUGAUCGGUGGAUUGGAGCUGAGACUCAGCUUCCUGUCUCCUUCAGACAUCUCAUCUUGCCUGAGAAGAACCUUCCUCCCACAGAGCUGCUAGACUUGCAGCCCCUGCCUGUAACAGCAUUGCGUAACUACCAGUUUGAAACCAUGUAUGCUGACAAGUUCCCUCAGUUCAAUCCCAUCCAAACUCAAGUAUUCAAUGCGGUAUACAACAGUGAUGACAACAUAUUUGUUGGUGCUCCUACUGGUUCAGGUAAGACAGCCAUUGCAGAGUUUGCAGUGUUGCGUCUACUCACCCAGCACGCUGAUGGCAGAUGUGUGUAUCUUGUACCCAAGGAGCCACUGGCUGAGAUCGUGUUUGCUGAUUGGCACCAGAAGUUCAACACAACUCUCGGCAAGAAAGUUGUCAUGCUCACCGGAGAGACUGGCACUGAUCUAAAGUUGCUUGCCAAAGGUCAGAUCAUCAUCACAACUGCUGAGAAGUGGGAUGUACUGUCAAGGAGAUGGAAACAGAGGAAGAAUGUACAGAAUGUUCAACUGUUUAUUGUAGAUGAGCUCCAACAAAUCGGUGGUGAUGAGGGUCCAGUGCUGGAAGUGGUUUGUUCUCGUAUGCGCUACAUCUCCUCUCAGCUGGACAAGCAGGUGAGGAUCAUCGCACUCUCCUCGUCACUGGCAGAUGCCAGAGAUGCUGCUCAGUGGCUGGGUUGUAGCCCCAACACUACGUUCAACUUCCACCCCAGCGUGCGACCCGUGCCUCUGGAGCUGCACGUCCAGGGUUUCAACAUCACCCACAACGCAUCUCGUCUGAUAGCGAUGGGCAAGCCAGUGUACAACGCAAUUCUGAAACACAGUCCACACAAGCCUGUGAUUGUGUUUGUGCCAACUCGCAAGCAAGCUCGCCUGACUGCCAUCGACCUUCUCACCUUCACUGCUGCCGAAGGACAACCCAACCGCUUCUUCCACGCUGAAGAGGAGGACAUCAAACCUUUCCUUGACAGAAUGGUUGACAAGACAUUGAAGGAGACUCUGUCACAAGGAGUGGCGUACAUACACGAGGGUCUGUCCAAGAGUGAUCACCGUCUUGUAGAACAGCUGUUUGACUCUGGCGCUGUACAAGUGGCUGUAGUCACCCGCAACCUGUGCUGGGCUCUCAACAUAUUCGCUCACCUUGUCGUCAUCAUGGACACACAGUUCUACAAUGGCAAAAUUCAUGCCUAUGAAGACUACCCCAUCACAGAUGUGCUGCAGAUGGUUGGUAGAGCCAACAGGCCGCUGGAAGAUGACGAUGCCAAGUGUGUACUUAUGUGUCAGAGCAGCAAGAAGGACUUCUUUAAGAAAUUCUUAAAUGAAUCACUACCUGUUGAGAGUCACUUGGACCACAGGCUACAUGAUCACUUCAAUGCGGAGAUUGUGACCAAGACCAUAGACAACAAGCAAGACGCUGUUGACUACCUCACCUGGACAUUCCUGUACCGUAGACUGACACAGAAUCCCAACUACUACAACCUGCAGGGCGUCACUCACAGACACCUGUCUGACCAUCUGUCAGAGCUGGUGGAGAACACUCUCAACGAUCUCGAGCACUCCAAGUGCAUCAGCGUAGAAGAUGAAAUGGACUGCCACCCACUCAACCUGGGCAUGAUCGCAGCUUACUACUACAUCAACUACACCACAAUCGAACUGUUCUCACUGUCGCUGAACAGCAAGACAAAGAUCCGCGGUCUCCUGGAGAUCAUCUCCUCAGCUGCAGAGUACGAGGCAGUUCCCGUGCGACACAGAGAGGAUCAGCUGUUACGCAGCUUGGCGGCCCGACUGCCUAACAAGCUACAGGGCAACCCUCGCUUCAACGACCCACACGUCAAGGUCAACCUUCUUCUACAGGCUCACCUCUCACGACUACAGCUGGGUGCUGAACUACAAGGCGACACUGAGAUGAUACUGGCCAAGGCUAUCAGGCUGAUCCAAGCGUGUGUGGACGUGCUGAGUUCCAACGGAUGGCUGUCUCCGGCUGUGGCUGCUAUGGAGCUGGCCCAGAUGGUCACACAGGCCAUGUGGAGCAAGGACUCCUACCUCAAGCAACUGCCACACUUCACUGUAGACAUUAUCAAGAGAUGCACAGACAAGGGUGUGGAGACAGUGUUUGACAUGAUGGAGCUUGAUGACCAAGACCGCAUCAAGCUGCUGCAGCUCAAUGAGGCCCAGAUCACUGAUGUAGCCCGGUUCUGUAACCGUUACCCCAACAUUGAGUUGAGCUAUGAGGUGCAGAACAAAGACAGGAUCAGCUCUGGUUCUACUGUCAAUGUCGUAGUGUCUCUAGAGAGAGAGGAUGAAGUUACCGGACCAGUCAUUGCUCCAUUCUUCCCCCAGAAACGUGAAGAAGGAUGGUGGGUGGUAAUCGGAGAUCCAAAGGCAAAUUCUCUCCUUUCCAUCAAGAGGUUGACAUUGCAACAGAAAGCCAAAGUCAAGUUAGAUUUUGUUGCACCCAAUCCAGGUCACCACUCGUACACAUUGUACUUCAUGAGUGAUGCCUACCUUGGUUGUGAUCAGGAGUACAAGUUCAGCAUUGAUGUGGGAGAGUACGAGUCUGGAGACAGUGACAGUGAUUAGGUUUAAUCUGUAACUUCAUAUUUAGGUCAUAGUUUUAAGAUUCGUGUAAAUAAUUCUUACUGAAUGUAUUUUGUAAAAUAAAAGUUUUAUCCAACAAGAAAA